AUGCCGACUCCUUAUUGGCUAAGGGGUGGGAGCAGACGUUUUGGCCGAUGGCACUGUACUUGCCGCUGCGCCGACGUCGCCUCCACCCUCGGGCACUCACACCAACACCCCGCUUGCGUUCACGCGCUAAGCCCUAAGAUGGAAUUUUUGAGCAUCUUCAAGGGCGAGGAUGGCAAACCCACCUUCAUGCAGAACACCACCAGUUUCUUCUCCUCGGUGCAGGCCAAGGGUGACGAUCUGAUGACAAGUUUGAAGAAGAAGACAGCGGACGCUGUCCAACAGUUGAGCUCCACCCAGCUGUCCACCAAUGCACCCGCUUCCGCUUCGCGUGCAGACGGUGACGAGGACAGCUCGGCUAGCGAGUAUGGAGACGGUGGAGAUCCCGCAAUGUACGCUGAUGAGGCGCCGAUGGAGAGGAAACUCUCCUCCGAGAGCAUUGACUCGCUUCCUGCGGAGGAGGCCGAAAAAUAUCGAUCGGACAUUCGGCAGUUUGUCAUGGCUAUGCUCACAGAGAACGGUGCCGGUGUGGUGACGAAAAACGCCCACAUCUUCCAGAGCUACAUAGAACAUCACACUGGUCGUUCGGCUUUUGCAAAGGAACUUCGCAAACAGGCAGAUGAAAUGAAGCAGGUUCCAGCCUCGGUGCUGCAACUUCUCGCGUCAUUCUGCAACAACACAUUGACGGAAUGCGGUAAGAAUGAUGACUUUUCACCAGCGGCGUCCAUACUCAAUGUGGCAUUCCGCAUCUUCCAGCAGAACGUUAAUUCGGCAGGCAAGGUGGUGUUAACCUACCUCUAUGAAAGCUUAAAAGACCAAAUGCUCUGGCAGUCUACGCGAUUUUGGAAUGCAGCCGUGUUCAUUGCUCUUCAGGAAGAGCGUGUCAACCGUCAGAUCGUUCCGAAUACCACUGACGACCAGGAAAAUCUGGAUGCUGAAGCGAAGCUACAUGAUAGCAUUGUCUACAAUCAGCUAAGCAAAUUUGCCUGGAGAAUGUACUCUCUGGGUCUGAGUAAAGACGCCUGCCUGGACUUUCUUCGAAAACAAGUUGAAGAUACAUCACUUUCGAAGGAACAAGUGCUAGUGCUGCUGGCAUUCCGAGAGCUCCGGGCUAUUGUAUUCGACUUCCAUGCCGAAUGGUAA